UGGUGUUUUAAUCUGGUUUUCUUCAAGGCGAUAAAUGGGCCAAGGGGAUAAACAAGGAGCAUCUCCGGUAGCGGGGCCACCCUCUGCUGCAAGGAUGGGGACCGUCACCCCAGUGUCCCCACGGGGACUGGAUCCUGGGUCCCUUGUCCUGCAGCAUCCAUGGACAGCAGGCAGCUCCAAAAUGUGCCGUUGCAGGCAGAUGUGGCGGCAGACCUGGGGCAACUGCACCCAUGGGAGCCAACCCACCCCGCGCCCCCUGUGCCACGUCCCAGCUGAGCCCCCACCCGGGUGCCACCAGGGCCCUCGGCCCCCUGACGCUGCCUGUGUCCCCUCGCAGCCAGUCCGUGGUGGAAGGCGAUGGUCCCGGUGCCCAACAGCACGGCGGUGGUGUGGGCCAGCGAGGCGGCACAGCCGGAGCCGGAGCGGUCACCCUGCAUGUGAACAUCCUGACCACUGUGGCCCUGUCCCGCCUGGCCACGAGGACCAAGAAGUCAUCGUACUGGUACCUCCUGGCCCUGACCACCUCCGACAUCCUCACCCAGGUCUUCAUCAUCUUUGUGGGCUUCAUCCUGCAGACAGCCAUCCUGGCCCGGGCGGUGCCCAGUGCCUUCAUCCACACCGUCAAUGUGCUGGAGUUCACUGCCAACCAUGCCUCCAUCUGGGUCACCGUCCUGCUGACCAUGGACCGCUACGUGGCCCUCUGCCACCCGCUGCGGUACCGCACCGUCUCCUAUCCCCAGCGCACCCGCAAGAUCAUCGCGGCUGUCUUCGCCGUGGCUCUGGCCACGGGCAUCCCCUUCUACUGGUGGCUGGACGUGUGGCGUGACGCCGACCCCCCCACCGCCCUGGACACGGUGCUCAAGUGGGUGCACUGCGUCACCAUCUACUUCUUGCCCUGCAGCAUCUUCCUGGCCACCAACUCCAUCAUCAUCUGCAAGCUGAAGCGCCGGAGGCAAUCGGGGGGUCGCCGACCCCGCCUGAGCAAGACCACGGCCCUCCUCCUGGCCGUCACCACCGUCUUCAUCGUGCUCUGGGCUCCCCGGACCAUCGUCAUGAUCUGCCACCUCUAUGUGGCCUCGGUCAAGAGGGACUGGCGCGUGCACCUGGCCUUGGACAUUGCCAACAUGGUGGCCAUGCUCAACACCACCCUCAACUUCUUCCUCUACUGCUUUGUCAGCCAGACCUUCCGCCGCACGGUGGGCGAGGUGCUCCGGGCCCACCUCCGGCACGGUCCCCGACCCGGCAGCCGUCACUUUCUGCCCCCAGCCCUAAAACCGCUGGAGCUGCUGGCCGGCACGGCCCUCUGAGCCAGGGCUGCUGCCAGCCGGGGCAGUGCUCGGCUGGGGGUCCCGGUACUCACCCAGCCCCAUGCAUCGCACCGGGACCCGGCGAGACCCUGCCCCAGGGAUGCUGCCCCCUCGGCGCCCACCCUCCACGGAGCUGGGGGUUAACGCGGGUGCUGGCGGUGGUGGCAAGAGGAGGCGGUUGUGCCCAGCCGGCUGGUUGAGCUCGUUUGGGGCCAUCGGGCUGCCCUGCCUGACGGCAGCACCCACCGCACCCCCAGGGACCCCUGCCCGCUCCCUGAGCCGCACCAGGAUGGGCAGCUCAGCCCUGCCUGUGCUCAGCCCCUCAGGACACGCACCGUUUGGCCCCCCAAGGAAAUUCAGCCAUGGGACAGCAAGGACGUGCCC